AUGAAUCCAAGAGUAGGAGUUGGAGUCGUUGUCCUGAACAAGGAAGGGAAGGUUGUCCUGGGCAAGAGGAAGGGAAGCCACGGUGCCGGAACUUGGGCAUUUCCUGGCGGCCAUCUUGAAUUCGGCGAAUCUUUCGAAGCCUGCGCAGUACGGGAAGUGCUCGAAGAGACAGGCCUCUCAAUUCACGACGUACGUUUUCUGACUGCUACGAACGAUGUCAUGGAAGCCGAAGGAAAGCACUAUAUUACUGUUUAUGUCGGUGCUAUGGCCAAGGAAGAUAACGCACAGCCACAGAUAAUGGAGCCUGAGAAGUGUGACGAAUGGCGGUGGAUAAGCUGGGAAGAUGUUCGGUCGUGGUUCGAGAAGCAGGUACAGACUGAGGGAAUUGAGACCAGCGAUGACCAACCCAGGCUAUUCAUUCCUCUCCUCAAUCUCUUCCGACAACGGCCGACCUUUGACCCGACGAAGAGUUAUGAUUCUGCACAAGCAUAG